AUGAACUUUGGGAGAUUCUUAAGGAAAGUUACAUUAAUCAGAGAUAGAAAUCUUUAUCGAACGUAUAGUGGAAUUUUGAAGAUGCAAGGUGUCAGAAGGUCCAAGAGGAUAAGAGAUCACUUAGAAGUAUCGGUUGAUGAUAUAAAACAAGAGGCUGAUAUCAAAUCGAAAUAUUUCAAGACUGAAGAAGAUACAAGUGUUAAACUUGAGCCAGUGAUAAAAGAAGAAUUCUCACCUAUACCUGAGGAUGAUGUUGAUACCGAUUGGGUUAAAUUAUUAGAUAAUAAACCGUAUUUUGAAUGGAUCUCCAAGAGAACUAGCGAUAAUAUUAAAGAUUGGUCAAGAACUUUAGAUUUAAAUAUAUUCACAGACAAUUCAAAAGAAGUAAUACCAGAUAAUUUUAUUCCAAUAUAUUCAAAGGUACGUCUGAUGAGGUCUAAAAUUAGAACUCCUGUAGAUACAGUGGGUUGUGCUAUGCUACCUAUAACUGUAGGGAAGGAAUCUGGUAUCGAGAAAGAGGAUAUUUUACCAAUUAAUUAUAGAUUACAAGUACUAAUAGGUGUCAUGCUAUCAUCACAGACAAAGGAUGAAAUCAAUGCUGCUGCAAUGCACAAUAUCACUGAAUAUUGUAUAAAUGAAUUAGAAAUACCGGAAGGUAUUACUAUUGAUGCAUUGCUAGAGAUAGAUCAAGAAAUUCUUGAUGAAUUGAUACAUUCUGUUGGAUUUCAUUCAAGAAAGGCAAAAUAUCUAAAAGAAACGGCAUUAAUAUUAAAAGAAAAGCAUAAUUCUGAUAUACCAACUAAUAUUGAAGGACUUCUUGCCUUACCAGGUGUAGGUCCAAAAAUGGGAUAUUUAACAUUACAAAAAGCGUGGGGCAAAAUAGAUGGCAUAUGUGUAGAUGUUCAUGUACAUAGAUUAGCAAAAAUGUGGAAAUGGGUUGAUGAAAAGAAAUGCAAGACUCCUGAGCAUACAAGAAAAGAAUUAGAGUCAUGGUUACCUCGUCAACUGUGGUAUGAGAUCAAUUCUGUUUUAGUUGGAUUUGGACAAGUGAUAUGUAUGUCCAGAGGAAAAAGAUGUGACAUAUGUUUAGCCAAUGAUGUCUGUAAUGCAAGAGAUAAAAAACUCGUCAAUAAGGGCAUAAACAUGGAAUUAGAAGGUGGUGAUGGGAGGGCAAAAACAACUAGAGGUGAUUACUCAGAAUUAUUACAAUACAUUAAAGAAGAGAAUGGCAAGUUAAAAAUUGAAUUCGAACAGAUAAUAGAAGAAACCAGAAUCAAGAGUGAAUUUUAA